AUGGCGCGACUUUCUCCGUACACGAAGAAACACAAAGUGACCGUGGUCGGUUCUGGCAAUUGCGUCUACCAGGGCCUGGUUAGGGGUGGUUCUGACGGUGGCGAUAGGGGUUCCUCAAUUUCCAAGAUGGUCGCAGAGAACGUCGCCGCGAACCCGGAUCUUUUUGAACCUGUUGUCAAUAUGUGGGUGUACGAAGAGCAGAUCGAGAUCCCCAAAAAGUCAAGACACUAUGACCCUUCGUCGCCGCUCUGCAACAGCGUGCAGAGCCUUUCAGACGUAAUCAACCAGCUACACGAGAACGUCAAAUACCUACCGAACAUUACCCUCCCAGACAACCUGCGCGCGAACCCUUCCCUGGAGGACUCCGUCAAGGACUCCAGCAUUUUGGUCUUCAAUCUGCCUCAUCAGUUCAUUGUGGGCAUUUGCCAGAAACUCAAGGGUCAUAUCUUGCCAUACGCCCGAGGGAUCUCCUGCAUCAAAGGUGUGAGCGUGACAGACGAGGGAGUAAGCCUGUUCUCAGAGGUUAUUGGCAGGGAGCUGGGGAUCUACUGCGGUGCAUUGUCUGGUGCCAACAUUGCAAGCGAGAUCGCCAAGGGCCUUUACUCCGAGACCACGAUUGCAUACGACCCACCACACCUAGACUCCAAGGCGCCAACACCCCAGAACAUGUCACCCGUUUCGUCGAUGGUGAACGUCAACGAUAUAGUGCAUUUCCAGCACAGAGAUUCAUCGGGCAGCUACUCGAAGGUGAAGCUCAGGCCCUUGCCGGCGGAAUACCCUCCGGUUGACCACGUCUUUAUCAAAACUCUGUUCCACCGCCCUUACUUCCACGUUCGUGUGGUCCACGAUGUCGCUGGUGUGUCUCUCGGAGGAGCGUUGAAGAACAUCGUGGCCCUAGCUACUGGUUUCGUUGACGGGAAGGGAUGGGGCGACAACGCGAAAGCCGCUAUCAUGCGUGUUGGAUUGUUGGAAAUGGUAAAAUUCGGCAAGAAAUUUUUCGGUGAGACGGUCAACCCCCAAACUUUUACCGAGGAGAGCUGUGGUGUCGCCGACCUCAUUACCAGUUGCAACGGCGGCCGCAACCACCGCUGUGCCAAGCUUGCUGUUGAGCGCGGCUUGACGGUCGAGGAGGUCGAGAAGACAGAGCUCAACGGCCAGAUGCUGCAGGGUACACUCAGCGCCAGAGAAGUCCAUGCCUUUUUGAAGAAGCAGGGGCUCGAGGAUGAAUUCCCUCUCUUUACGGCUGUUUACGGAAUUCUUGAAGGCAAGGUCAAAGUUGACGAUAUCCCAUCCCUUAUCGAGCGAUAA